AUGUCGGCGUCGUCAUCCGGCGACGUCAGAGACAGGGAAAAAGAAAAGGAGCAGUCUUCGAGCAAGUACAAAGCCUACGUACAGGCGGUUGACCGCGCUCUCAAGACUUUCGAGAAUCCAAACGAAUGGGCUGAUCUCAUUUCGGCCCUGGGAAAGCUUGCUAAGGUUUUGUUUUGCUUUUAAUUUCAUCUAUGUUUUAUGGACUUUCUGAUAAGAAAAGAUUAUUUUCCGAAAAAAAAAAUAUUUAAUCCAUUAUGAAUUGGCUACGAUUUCCCAUUAAGAAGAGGUUCAUUGGGAAGUUUCUAAUUCAAUUUUUCGAGUUUUUUUCAAAUUUCCUUUCAUAUACCGAUUUAUUUCUACUAUUUAAAUCUUAACUAACUAUAACAAAUGUUUAAAAUGAAAGAAAACGGAAAAAAGAGGCUCGAUGCGUCGAACACGUUUCAAUUUAUGCCUCGAGUUGCUUCUCAUUAUACCAUUAUAAAUCUUUAGAUCAAAAAAAAAAAGUUCUGAGUUCAGGUUUUCCAAUCAAAUGCCAAGUUCACGCAAAUUCCAAAGCCUGUGACUGUGGCCAAGCGUCUGUCGCAAUGUCUUCACCCUGCUCUUCCCAUGGGUUUUGUCAGAAGAAACUUUUUCGAUCAAAUUCUAUUUGUAGGUGUUCAUAUAAAAGCUUUGGAGACUUAUCGACAGGUCUUCGACAUCCUCGGUCAGAACUCCUUGCCGGAGUUGCUCUAUCUGUUUGCGGUGGGACUUUUUCCAUUGAUGGACCAUUGUGGAAUCAAGGUUGCUCCAGCUUUUUUUGUUCUUUUUUCAAUUCUUUACCAUCAAGGUCAAAUCGGAGUUAUUCGCAAUCUUCGAGCAGUAUUUGUUACCUCUGGGACCUCAUUUGAGACCUGCUCUUCCGGGAUUCUUAGGCGGCGUGCUUCUUGGACUCGAGGAAGGCACAGAGUUUUAUGAGAGGUUCCGAAACGUUUUUUUUUGUUUCUGACCAUGUUCAGGUCUCUCGUACUCUUGGACCGAGUGUGUGAGAAAGUUGGCGCUCGCUCGUUCUACGCGUGUUUGUGGCAAACGGUUCUGGGAUCGCCGCCAGUUCGUCUCCCGGCCAUGAUCUACGUCAACGCGAAAUACGACAAGCAAAAGUCUCUGGACGACCAGAUCUACUUCUUCGGAGAUCAUGUCAACCACAUGGUUCGUUUGAGCUUCUACUUGGCUGGUAUAGUAUACCUUUUUGUGAUUUCGUUACUCUUUACUUCAGAAUCGAAGUUUUGAGGCGAUGCUUUGGGAAGAAGGGGGGCGGUGUUUAUAUUUAUUUUUGAAGCUCGCAAACUUUUUUAGCUUGUUUGGAAAAAAACAGGGAUUUUUGCUUCGUCCGAUCGUUCCAGUAUCCGUAACAUUUGUAAAUCAUGAAUUCGGUAAAAUAUAUAUAUUAUUUUUUUCGAUCUCAGGAAAGUCCUGGGAAGGUAACCAGCAAAAGGUUGAAAAUGAAUGGAAGCUAAACGGUCUUGAAAAGCCGUGGGAAGGUGUUCAUAAGGUAGUGGUCUUAGAAGGUUAAGAAAAGAUGGUGUGUGCCAGAAGUAUUCCAGCAGGCUUCCGGAAGGUAAGUAGAGGAGUUGUGAAGGAAUGUGGAAGGAGUUUGACCACUUGCUGCAAAGCUUCCAAACACCUUCCGAGAAACCGGAAGCUGAAGCUUUCCAACUUUUAACUGAGUACAAACAUAUCAGAACGGUUUUUAAUUAGCGGAUUCAGGUGGCGGCUCUCUGCGCCACGGCUGACGACUCCGGAUCUCCGCUGGUGCAGCGAUAUUUGCUCGAUUUCCUCGUCACGGCGUUCCCUCUCGACAGCUCCAAUCUUACGAAAGAAGAUUUUGUGCAGGUUGAUAUUUUUAUGGUCAACUUAGUUAUUCGGAUCUUUGUUCAGCUUCUGCGGAGAUCUCUGUUCGUGGUUUUGCGACGCGACAUGUCCCUCAACCGACGGCUGUACACGUGGCUCGUCAAUCGCUCAGGUAUCCCCCUAAAUCUUUUCGCCGUAGCUGAUUUUUGCAGGUGAAACGACUGGAGUUAGUGGACUGUCGCUGGGAGGACCUGAGGAAAGUCUCGACAUGUCUUUCUUCCGAGAUCACGUCCUUCCCAUGAUUGUCUGCGCUAUCGAACAAUAUUUGGCUCUUGACAUUGUCGAAGUUUCUACUUUGCAUGGAUCUCAGUCAAUGUUUGGAGAACGAAAGGCAAGUUCUGGGAAAAAAAAUGCGUUUCUCCUUGCUUCUGUUGUUCACGAGUCACAGGUUUUUUCCAGGAAGCUGACCAAGUUCAAUUCGCCGAAGUUCGUGUCUGCCGUUUGUUGCUCUACCUGCAAGACCGCGCUGACAUUGGAAAACUCAUUCUUGACGCCGUCUUCUCUCGUUUUCUCAGAAUAUCCGCCGAAUACUUUGUGAAUUACGGCGGUGCCCUCCUGGAGGUCGAGUCGAAAAGCGUGGAAACAAGAAGCCCGAUCCAACCAAAACCGAGCAUGCAAUCAAUUGAUCCUUCGCACUCCGUCGAUCCUGAAAUUGACCUUCAGCUUCAUGUGAGCAAUCAAAGUCAAGUUUACUUCUCAGUUACUAAUGAAGUACCUAGAAAAAAAUUUUUUUGUAAGGAGUUAAAAAAAACUAGAUUUACGAAAAGCUUUAAAAUGAGAUUUCCUUACGAUUUUUCUAAAUUUUUUUCGAAAGUUCCAGUAAAAAAAAAGAAGGAGAAAGUUCAGGAAAACAAGUUUUUUCAAACAUUCUCUUUCUUUUUUGUUUUUCCUAUGAAGCUUUUUUUUUCUCUCCUAGAUCGAACGUCAUUCAAAAUCGCGAUUCCCAAUUCAUGUAGCCCUAACACACUUCCUUAGUUAGAGGGAAAAUGAAAACCGAAAUUCUCUCUUUUUGAAAUUGUGCUUUGAUGUGAAACAGCUUCCACUGUAGCUGAAAAUCUUGUUAUAAAAAACCACUGCUCUUUCUUUAGGUAUUCACGAAAGUUUUAGGGACGUCGUGUCGACGAACUCACCAAAACUUUCAACAUGCUGUUGAACUCCCUCGAGCAAGGGUUCAUUUGGGACUUCCUCGGAAAUUGGCUCGAAGAGAUCGUCAACCAUCCAGGCGAUGAGUACAUAAACAGUCCCACGGUCAACCACUAUGCACAGGUUUUUCCUCGUCGGACGGCCUCCUGAUAGCUUUUUUCGGAUGUUCAGGUUGUGAUGGUGUGUCUGGAGAUCUGCAAUUUGGACAGCGACGUCGCCGUUCGCAUUCUGUUCUUGCCGACGCUCCUCAAACGCAUUCUGAACGGUUUGGCGUCGACGGAGCUGCUCGAGGACUGCAAGCAAGAAGACGUCCUUCUCCUGUUUGCCGUCUGUCGCAAUCUCUUGCAAAUCAUCACCUCUCGCACCGGGGUCCCCCUUGAAAGUUCGUGCAUAAACUUCAAUACAAAUACAUUAUUUUUGGCUUAUAUCAAUAUCAGUACCAUAGAUUGAAAAGAGUACAAGACGACAAAAAGCUUAGAAAAACUAACCUUACCUUUGUCCGAGUUCAGAGGGAUAUUUUUUUCAACGAAAAUAUUUUUUUAUAAAUUUAGUUUUUCAAGUUGAAUCCGAAGCCAAUCUCAAAAUCAACCACGGUUGUCUGUGAAAUAGUGAUAUCCACUCAAAUUUUGAAACCAUAUUUUCCAAUUGAGCUUUUUUUUUGUCUUGCAAAAGUGACUAUCAUUUUCACCAAAUUUCUUGAGCCCACCGGAAGUUUCUCUCAAAACGCAAGGAGUAUUUUUUGUUCUUGAGUCGCCACAUUUUCAGUCGCAGAUUUGGAAUUAAUUAUCGUAAUUUUAAUCAACAUGAUAAACUGCAAACAUUCAAUGGAUAUCAAAUGGAAGACAUCUAAUUUUUUUUCUUCUAGAUUCUGACAAAAAGUAUGAAUAUUCUGGAAAUAUUUCAUUUCAAAUGAUAUUUUCAGCGGAGUCUUUCAGUCAGACGGAAACGACCGCCACCGCGGAAAGUGGUCAGUUUUUUUUUUUCUUUUCAUGACUUUUUUGAGCACCAAGAUACUGAAAUGAACUCUGCGACAUUCCAUUUUUCAAACUGUUUUACAGAAGGAAAUCUCGUGUUCGAGUGUCAACUGGCGUGCUUGGAGGCGAUGUCUUCAAUCUUUGCCCUUUACGCAGAGAAACGGUCUCCAGAACAUCUCCCGCUGAUUCAAACGUCGAGCGCCUUGCUGAAUUUGUUCCUCGACAUUCCCAUUUACGUGCUUCCGGACGAUGCUAAAACGAUUUCGAAAAAAACGCCCGCCUGGCUCGUCAAUAUACUCAAGGUUCGUUUUUUUUUUUCCAGCUUUCUCAGUCGGUUGAAUUAUGUCUUUUUCGGAGAAUGAUUACCAGUUAACGAAGUAUAAAGAAGUCGUCAAAUGAAGUGGCGACCUAUGAACAAAUAUAAAAUGUAAAACGUUUGUCGGAAUAUCAAACUUCAAAUUAAUUUGGUCAAAAUAUUCCUAAAUAUCUCAACUUUUACGUGGUGUAAAAAAAUAUUUAAAUAGUUGGCGAUUUUAGCUGCCAAGAAAAAGAAAUUACAGAACAAUUCCUUAUUUCUGGAUGAAUAACAAGUUCAGUAUGAAAUUGUAAAAUUUGCCGUUUUGUUCAUUUCAUGACCGACAGGGCUCUAUUCCAAAAAUCUGCUUUUUUAGAGAGAAAAAAAUUUGUAUUGCAUGUCUUUACUCUCAUUUGUAAGAAACUAAGAAUCUUAUACCCUAAAAACGGGAAACUUUUGAAGGUAAUAGAUGGACCAGGUUGGCUCAGUGCUAUGCAUUCGGCCAGCUGUCCAGACGUUUCCGCACGAGCAGCCCUACUGGAACUUUUGUGCUGCAUCUACGCUCGGUCCUCUUCGGUCCAGCUCCAGCACAAGGAGCUCAGCUCCCGAAAGUCCUCUGAGCCAUCUGAAGACGCAACGAAGUGAGUUGGAAAAUCGAAAAAAUAAAAAAAAAGAAGAAAUUUAGCGAGCCUUCUCACGAAUCAUCCACUAUUUUGUUGAUGCCGCUUCUCUCCGAAGACGAUAUGGCCUAUUUGGAGAAUGAACGUUUAUUUCCUGUCAGUCUUUUUUUUUAUUUUUGCCUUUGCAAUGAGGUCCGUGAAUAGACAACUUCUGAAAACGGCGGAUUUUCGCUUAAUAGAAUUCUCAGAAAACCAAAAAUUUCAUUUUUAACGGGUUUUUUGUUGCAAAUGAAGUGUAGGAAGUGUCAAGAUAUGAAUUUUUUUUUUCUUUUUUUUUGUUGUCAAAUCACAUUUCAGUUUUCAAAUUAGGAAGGUGAAUAGUUUUAAGCUAUUUGGCCGGUUCAGAUUUGCGCCGAAGCUGUGUGGAUAGGAGUCGGCAGCAAAUGGUGCACUCAAGAGCAGCAGCUCAUGUCUCGUUUACUGCUGCAGCUCCACUCCAGAAAGACGAAUGAACCGAGCAGCGAGCUGGAAAACAUCAUCGUCCGGAAUCUCACGUCGACCGACGAAGUUUCCCUUUCCCUCCGCCCUUUUCGAUGUAUUCCGGCUUCAGAUUGUAUGCACAGACGCGGCAAAGACAUUCCACAAAGUUUGGGUCUUGACGCGACCCAACGAGGACGCCGACGGUUUUGCUACCUACGCUAAGCCUUUCAAUAGGUUUAUUUGAACAUCCAUGAUUCCUUCCACUUCAAAAUAAUCCCAUAUACUUGAAUCGUACUCUUGAUUGUCUUCAGAGUGGUGAUGAUCUUGUUGGGUGUGUUGGCCGAUGAGAGCGUCGCACGAGCCCGCACCGAGCUGAAAGCUGCGGCUUCAGCUUGGUUCGCAGACUGUGCCAAGCACCAAGAUCUGCCUCGCAUCGUUCAGGUUGGUUUCCUCUUUCACGCUGCUUUCCCCAUCACAAAAUAUGUCUCUAGAUGCUGUCGACAAUGUUGAUGAACCCCGUGACAGCGAGGAUAUCCAUACAAUAUGUUCGCCAGGAAUCCAAGUUUUCGAGUCUUCAGUACUUUGAAGUAGUUGAGUUUGAAGGAUGACUCGAGAAACUUGUCCGACGCUUCCUUCUGGCGUUUCUGCCGUCACGAUGAUCACUGCUGAUGGCAAGCAGCGUCUGUAUCACAUUGACGGGCCUCCUCUACCCGAAGAGUUUGUUAUUCUUCAAUGAGUCGGAAAGGAUGGUAUUCGAAUCGGGACCAAAUCCCUCCUCAUAUUAUGUUCAUAGUGAUUUCCGCGAAAUGCAAAAGCAUCUUUUUCACUCUCUGACAGCAAUUUUGAAUUUCGUAGAAUCACUUUGAACAUGGCACGAAAAGGUCUUGGAAACAGUAGUAACUGGUAUUCAAACACGACGAAUAUGCCAAAAGCUUCCUUAAUUGAAACAGUUAAAAAAACAAAGUUCUCUGCGUUUUUUUUUGUUUUUUUUUUUUUUGAAAGACCAUGAUUCAGUCAAUGGCUCUACGACGUGAGGAAUCGGCUCCUGUUAUCGACGGUUGAAGAGAACAGCGUCUCGGAAAACCUGCGCGUGAGCCCUUGCGUCGGAGUUUGUCCUGGAGACGUGCCUAACUUCGACGACGAUACGGUUUGAGCAGCUCUUGGACAUAUGCAAGUGGUGCUCAGGAUUCGAUCGACACUUUGUCUUGGAGUUUGGAAGGAGUCGAUCCGGCCGUCGUCGAAACACUUCAAGCUCUCAUCGACACGGUUGUCGAGGAUGAGGAAAAUGAGAUGGAAGCUCUCGAAAAACUGAGUUCCGUUGGUCAAAUUAUUGACCCAUCCGGAAUUUCUUUUUCUCUGCGGUUUGAUUUUUUUCGCCUUCCACGAGAUGAAAACCAACUUUUUAGCCAAGAAGAAGCGCAAAAUAGCAAAACGAAUGAUGAAAUGGAGCCUGAUGAGCCGAAGGCAGCCCCCGUCUGCGAAUCCAUGCAACGGUCCGUUUAGUAAUCAUCUUCAAUCAAAAAUAAGAUUUCAGCCUCAAAAAAGGACAUCGAAGACAGGACAGCCUUCAGGAGAGCAUAUUCAGUAUGACGGAAAAAGACUUCAAGUGCGAAUUUUUAUUUCAAAAAAAAAUUUAAACCAAAUUCGUAUUAUCAAGCGAUUAGAAGAAUAAUGAAAAAAAAGCGAUUUUUUAUUCAAAUUUUAAAAUGCGUUGCGUUGAAAUCUCAUAAUCUCAUGAAUUCUUUCGAAAUUUUUGAGGUCUUGUUCUUUAGUUUUUCUUUCAAUAACUUUUCCAUAAAUAGCAAAAAUAAUCAAUCACUAAAUAUACUAAAAAGUCGUGUCUUUUCGAUUUUAAGCAUUUUUUAUAAAUAUUCUGCAGGGCAUUUGACGCGACUGAAAUCCUGCGCUCUUCUGCUGACAGCGUCGAAGGAAGCAACUCGACACCCCUUUUCGAUGAACUCCACGUGCACAUGUUGCUCUACGGAGAAAGUGGCCGAGUGGUGGACCUGGGUCGUGCCGAGACCGCUUUCCGAAUCCUCGCAGCGUUGCUUUCGCCGCGAGGCAGCAGCGGCAACCGGAUGUUGCUCAAGUGCGUUCUCCCAACCAGUUGGACACAAAAAAAAGUAGAAUACCGAUAGGAAAAUUGCAGAACUCAGAUAUUUUGUGAUUGUGAUUUGGGAUAGGUGGCAUUUCUUGUGAGAGGUGCCACAAUUCCAUAUAAAAAAGUGGAAAAUAAAAAAUAGGACAUAAGAUUAUUAGUUGAGCCCAAGGCUUGCAAAAAGUAUCUGUCGGAUUCAAUUUUUCUUAGGAGCUUCCAGGAAAUCAGAUAGAUAUAGAGCUAAGAUAAAUUUAAAUAAUUAUCAGGUUUUUAGUCAGUGUCUUUUGAUUUUUUUUUUCAUCAAAAAAAAGGUGUAUUCAACGAACAUAAAUGUGAGAACCUUGAUUGUUAACUGUGAGAUUGAGAAACUGUUUAGCUGUCUCGUUUCUUCCGGAACCGCGGCCCAGACCGGAGAGGACGCCUCCAUGAGCAACGGAUCGCUAGUAGAACUGAUGACAAGACAUGUGCGGGCCAUCCUCGGCCAGCACUUCUGGACGUCUUCUGUGAGCGAAGAAGACCCCGCCACGAAACAUCGACAUCUCACUCUCCUUGAACUCUUAAUUACGGUUCAUGGCUCCCCAAUGCUUCUUCUUACUGUGGUCAUUCAGAUUUCUCUACACUACUUACGUUCUUAUUUCCUGAAUUCCCCAAUCUCUCCCGUUACCGAUGCCGAUCUCGUCGUUUCCUGGAAGUGCAAGGUGUGCUCCUGUCUUCAUUAUUCCUGUUCAACGCUCCUUUCAGAUUUCUGCUCUCGAAUUCUUGUCAGAGUUGAUUAGCGAACUCGCGAGUAUGCUCGACGAACAGAAGUCGAGGACUUUUGUCAUUUUCGUCCAGUCGAUUCUCAACCGCUCGAAGCUGCAAAAGUGUCUUCUUCAUCUGCUUUUCACAGCUGUCCACCACGAUCCAGAUGCUCAGCGACAAAAGUACUUUUUUUGUCUCUUUUCUCAGGUCAAAAAUUGAUAUUUGAGCUCUUCACUCUCGGUGUCGAUAAGCGAGUUCAACGAGGGUCGUCACGGAGAAGUUUCGCGCAGACUUUCCCCUCUGCUCAGCGCCUACCAUCGUUCGCUGUUAGCUCUGACAUCUCAGGCUAUCCGCCUCGAGUACGAGAUCAAAAACGGCUACAACAGUUUCCCCGAUGUGAGGGUCACUCAUCUUCAUGAUUAGUCUUUUGUUCCCUUUUAGAACACUUCAACGAUCGGACGAAAUCCUUCUUUCAAUCCACAACUCUACCACUCAAUUUCUCAGCGAUCCAAUAAUAGAGAGCCCCACGCUGCUUUAGUGGAACUUCGGGCUUUUCUGGUUAUUCUGCUGAGUUCCUUGAAAAAACAGCCGCAGCGGCACGAGAUGUGGUUGCAUUUCAUCGUGCAGAUUCUCCAGUGGAUGGAAAGGUCUGUUAAUUUUUGUCACCUUUUUUUUUGCUGAAACAUACUCUAUUUUGCCCCUACGUGGGGUGGGUCCCAUCCCAGUUUUUCGCCCGAGAAAAAUUUUUUGAAAAUGUACUGAAAUGGUGGGGACGUAUGAUUUUGCCUUUUUCUCAUUUAAAUUUUGUUUUUUGUUAACCGUAAAUCGUAAAAAAAAUCUAGGGUCAUUUUUUUUCCUGGUAAAAUUUUCUUUCGGAAACUUUAUUUCUUUUUAGGUUUAGAGCUCUAUCAGUUACCUUAUUUCUCAACUUUUGCAACUUUCUCGCUUUUAAAUCUAUUAUUUUUGGAGAUUUCGAAAAAUCUUUUACAAUUUUUUCUCCUGCAGGUCUCUCGCUACGAUCGUCUGCCGAGUUGUGGAACAGUUGUGUAAAAACGUGGAAGCUGCGAUGAGCGAGGCCUACAUCGCGCCGAUCACCUCGGACGUCGUCACAGAGAGCCUAAGUGAAUCGAAAAUAGAACCCGACGGAUUCCCUCCGAACUAUCUUGUCAUGAUACUCGAGUCGAUGACAACUCUGGUCCACUUCUGCGUCAUCGACGUCACCAGCAUUGCUGGUCCUUCCACCGUCCCGACGAGCACUCCGCCUGCGGCGCACGGCGUCACCAGUAGUAGCGUCGUCGGACAUGUCGGAAACCUUUUUGAACCUUUUGAUGAAUAUCAUUACAGGCAAUGUCUGUGAUUCCUGGAACUCGAGGGGCUACGGAGCUUAUAUCGAAUCUCGUCAAAGUGUUCAGCUUCAGUGAAUCCAACAACGUUAGUUUUUUUAACGUAGGAGGUCAAGAAAAAGACUUUUGAUUGUUGUUUAUCUUCUCGAAUCUUGAAUUUCUUUUUUCAAGCUAUAAAUUCCGUGUUGGAAAAACCGCAAGAUUAUACUGUGUACUCCGAAAAUUCAAAUAAUUUUUUCGAACUGCGCUAUUUUUGACGAACGGGAGCCUAAAAGCUUAUUCGAAUGUUAAAGAUAGUGUUUCGACUAGGAGACACUUCAGUCGAAAAGUACGAAACUGUCUCAAAGUUUCUGCCAUUUUGCUUUUUUGAUUCAAUUAUUCUAUUAGGACGAGUUAUCGUGAACAAUCUUGAUUUCAACAAGUGAACUCUUUUUGGAAGAAGUUUUAACAGAAGCUUUAGAACGGAGGCGUGGGAAUUUCAAAAGGUGAUGGAGCAAGGAUGUUAGGAAACGGAUGGCGUCAGGCACAGUCCGACAUGCUGAGUUCAUUUCCCCAUUCGUUGGCAACAAUCUGCAACGUCUGGACCCUUGUUAGAACUCAUCAAUGUCCUUCUCUACCUCUCGGAACCACUUCGGUUGGUUCUGCCAUUUUUCCACAUUUCUCUUCUUUCCAGCAACUCCGACGGCUCGUGCUGCAAAUGCUGUCGCCCAUCGCUCAGCAUCACGAACAUGCUUUCCUCGCGGCGCUGGCUCUCGUCUGGUUGACACGCUCUUCGAGCAAGCCGACGGCUCUUCGCAAACAGGAUCUCGACAAGGUGAAGCCUGUCGAUUGACCAGGGUUAUGCAGCAUUCUUAAAUAUUUUACCACGCUCAGCUUUGAUUUCUUCACCAAAACUCUUCUAGAAAAUUUUUCCCCACUACAAAUCAUACAUCUCCAUAAAUAUGGCGUCAAAAAAUCUGAUCCGGAGCGUUACAUACUGUAAAAAAAUUUUUCAGGCCAAUUUCGAUUAUUCCACGGCACAAGUUGACAUCGCGAAUCUGUUGCUGAGUUUGAAAGUGAUACCCUUCGAAGAGCUGAUCGCCUCGGUUAACACAACGCUGAAAGAAUCCUCCCUGAAGGCGACCAAAGUUGGCAUUCAAAUGGACAAGGUUCGCUCCAACCGAGACGAAUCAGUUGAAGUUCUGUCGAUUCAGGGCACGUUCCCGACAGAAGAACCGCUUCUAGAACUGGUGCACGCCUGUGUUACAACUGUACCAGCGGCACAGCUCCGUUCCUGUUGGCCAGCUCUUCUCAAUCUUUUCAAUGAGGCGCCUCUUUCGAGUCUCACUCCGCGGGCAGUCUUCCUACUCUUCGUGUAUGUCUUUGCUUCUAGUCUGAGGAGUUAACGGCCAGAAUUAAGGAUAUUGUGCGAUUUUGUGAAAUCUGUGGGAAGCGCAUACAUAGUAGAAGAGAAGCUCAUGUCGAGAAACGUGCACGAAGUCUGCCAACGGCUCACGGAGGCGGUGAACGUCGUCGUCGGGUGGCAGUUGGAGACGACGACCUGGUUGAAGCGGACCCUCGUCGUCAAACAAGACCACGCCUCCAACUGUGGGUUUACCUCCUCAAUCCAAAGAAAAUCAUCAAUUGCUAUCUGCUAGCAACUUUUAUCGGCCUCCAGGUUCACCUUUAUGGACUCUGAACGAGAUUUUCAGCAACCAUCCGUUCUGUCGAUCAAAGCCCUGUUGUCGAGAACAUGGGUAGUAUUGCGGCGAUGUCGACCUCGAACAUUUCGGAGCAGGCGUCGAUUUCCUCCAUGCGAGCAUCGACCCUGUCCCUCAUGAACAAGUUUGAGAAAGGUUCCUUCAAAUCAACAUUUUACGUCGUCAGGCCGCCCUCCAUCGAUAGCGGCUCUUCCUCAAGUGGACUCGUGGACAAAAGCGACAAGAAAAGUGCUUCGAAUCUUCGCGCUUCCAUCAAGGACACCAACAACAACAAACGCGAUCCCACUCACAGCACACAAGCCUUGUUCCUCUUGUCCGAAGUUGGCUUUCGCUACGUUCCUACCAUUAAGCGAGUCAUUUCCAGAGAUUAACCGAUCUCCUGGAUUCCAUCAGCAAAAGCGAUGAAAAAGAACGUGUUCAACCCAUUCUCACCGCCGUUUGGAACAAUGUCGUGCCGUACUUGAAAGCGAAAAAGUUAGUUAUUAGGGGAUAUCAGGACAGACAAUUUCGUUUUAACAUGUUUGUUUAUCUCAAAAAGUUCUUUCAGCGCAAGAAAUGCUCGUUUUUUCCUCGCUUCGUCGCAAUUGCUGGCAUCUAUGAGUUCUUACAGUUAUAUGAGGCCCGUUUGGAAGAAGACAACCCUGGAAUUACUGCUCGAUUCAUGUAUCAACUUUUUUACGACUUUCAAAACUGAUUUUAGUGUAAUAGAAACAACUCAAUAUCGUUAUCGAAAAAAAAACUUCAUUUUGUUCACCAAAAAUUGAAGAAGAAAAAUGAAAUUUCAGCAUUUUUCAAAAUGGAUCAUCAGUCAUUGAAACAAUGGCUUGUCGUCACUGACCAUCUGAUGACACAUGAUCGCACUUCUUUCAAAGAGCUUCUAAGUUAGUUCACUCGUUAUUCUCAUCUUAUCCUGAAUGUCUCGAAUAUUCUGAGAAAUUUUUAUCGUGGAUUUGAAACAAACAACCUACUCCACUAAAACGGCUUGAUCUAUUCUUCUAAAUGAUAUGAGAAAUACAUCCGUUGUCUAAUAAAAACGAAUUAUUUCCAGAAAGUAUUGCGUACACGCAGAACGCCUCGUUUAGCAUCAUGACGUCAAAAGACCAAGAACACGAGGCGCGAGCGCAGGCUCUGAAAAGACUGGCCUUUGUAGUGUUCGGUUCACAGCUGGAUCAGUAUCACGCCCAGAUGAACGACAUUCAAGGUAGGAUUCUCCGUAGUAAGCGAAGUACCCCGUUCUCAGAACGUCUGUCCGACAACCUUCGAGUUUCACAGUCGCCCGUCGUUCGCAGCGCCGUUUUUCUUUGCAUCCGAGUGCUGCUCAUGCGACUCAGACCUCAAAGCUUGAUUGGCAUUUGGCCAAUAAUGGUCACGGAAUUGGUAAACUUACCUAUAUUUCAAACUGGAAAAAAUUUUUUAUAGGUACACGUCUUAUUGCAACUCGAGCAACAGCUUAACGUCGGAGGCAACGGACUGGAAGAGCUGGCUAGCGCAAAGGACGAUCAUUGGAUGCAGCUUUACCUGGCAGCCUGCAAGCUUCUGGAGACACUCUGUACACUACCAGCUGGCUACUUAUCGCACUUUCAAAUGUGAGUCAGAACUCCUCCAUAGCAAAAGUUCACGAGAAAAGCUAAAAAGAAGUGCCAGAGAAAAGUUGUUAGUGCCGUUUCUUUCAUCUUUAAAUGUUCAUUUUAAAAGGUAAAAAAGUUUUUAAAACCAAUAGAAACCAAAAAAAGGUUUUUAAAAGUAGUUAAAGAGCCGGCAAUGAAUAUGUUAUAACUUUUCAAAAAUGAGCUUUUUUUAGGAAGAAAAUUCCUUUGAGAGAGCCAUUGAAAAGGUAUUCUAGAGAUUUUCACCAAAUUUUGUUUCGAUUAAUUUUUCAACUCAGGUGUCACUGGGCUUUCGUGACAUCGGUGACUGCGGAUAGAACCGACAAGUUCAUUCCUUUUGCUGGUCGUAUCAAUGAAUUAUUAUGCAAAAAGGUUUUUUCUUGACCCAUUGAAUCGCCGUUAUUAAACACUAAAUUUAGUACGGUGAGCUUUCGGCAAACGACUUAGCUACUCAAAGCGCUUCGUUAAACGGGAUUAAACUGCUUACAUCCUUUGAGGAGUUGAGACCAUUCUUCUACGCUUUGGCAACUCAAAACAAAACUGUUCCUGGAACCGAGGUGACUUUUAUUUAUUUUAUUUUUAAAUUGGAUUUUCUAGCCUGUACUUCGUGAUUCUACAAUACUUACCGGAUCUCUAUCGCACAAAAGCGCUGUCUCUAGAAUGGAAAAACGCACUUUACGUCGAUUUUUCGGAACAUUUGCAAUUGUGAUUUCUUCACACCAGCUUUAA